CCUAUGCCACCUGAGAUUGCUAAUGGAUGGAUUUCAAUGACUCAUUUCAUGUCAGUUGAGUCUGAAUUUAAAACACCAAAUGAAUUGUUGAAAUUUUGGUAUUGUUGUGCAGCGAUCAUUCCAAGAUGUAAUCAACCAAAUGUUGACUUGGUGAUCCCAACAUCAUUCUGGAAAAAUGGCAAGAUGUAUAUUUUAAUACAGGUAAAAAAUUAUCAAAGUGAUACUAGGGACAAAUUUUGGCCUGCUUCAGCCACAAGUAAGCUUAAAGAUUGGCUAUUUUUCAAAAAUCACAAUGAAAACAGUCUCUUGAACUAUCCUCCUUACAUAACAUUGUUUAUGGAUCUUGGUAAGCCAAAUGCAAACAUUUUCCAACCUUGUUAUGGCAAAUCCACUCAUUCACAAAGCAAGACUGUGCCACACCGCCAAUAUUAUGCUGUAAUUGAUGGGCUUGAUGUGAAAGUUUAUCCCUUCUUACAUAUGCUAGGUAAUAAG